UGUCGAUCCACGAUGAAACCUCUCUUAGGCGUUCUGAAUAGAGUGACACCUACCUCUCCGGUGCACCCUGGAAACAUUGCGCCUGUGACUGAUUUGUUAUUGCGCUCGAUUUUCACUAAUUGCUGCGUAAUGGCAGUCCUUUGCUGGCCAGUGGCUAAUAUCUGCUCCACUCUUCCGGCGGUUAGUGGGUGCCAACCGGAAGAUUUUACAGCAUCCACCUGCGUCUUUGGCCUGCGCAGUUGAUCGCCGUACGCGGGGAUGACGGAGUCCUGGGAGGUUGAGCGGGACAGGGGUCGGGGAUUAGUUACCCCUGUAACGUAAUACGCUUCCUUCGGUCCUGAUUUCAAGCUAAACGGUAGCCCCGUGAGUAGCCGCCACGAGGGUAAUGGUCAAGUGUCCCCGCCUUGGCAGGGCCACAGGCGAGGUUCGGCUGGUCCCCGCAAGGGGAGGUGCUCAGCCAUGCUGACGGGGUAAGAAUGGGUGGAGGAACUGAUGGAUAGGAUCGAAUCCAUCAGCCGCUCAUCUCGAGCUCCCGAUGUCGCGCAAGAGGCCAACCAGCUGGACCUAUAUUCCCCUUGCAGCCCUGAUGGUUAAGUUAACCAUCCCCAGUUGCGGGCUCGGUGGAGGGUGGGGAGCAAGGGGAACGAAGUUCUUUACCCGGUAAACUAUGGACAACACAAGAUCCAAAAAAACCCCUAAACAAAAUAAUUCCCCGGCGGAGAAAUCCACCGGGACCACACAAACCUCUGGAGCGUGUUCAGCAACUGCUGGCACCCAGAAAUUACAGACCAAGGAGCCUAAUAGGGAACCGUCUAUGGGCACAGACGCCGCAUCAGCAGUGUCUGCCCAAUCAGUCAGCAGACUGGAGGCAGGUUGGACCCUCGUAUCUUACAAGGGCCGAAACCAAAACAAACCCCGAAUAGGGGAAAGUCACUCGGCACAUGACAACACAGAUCGCCAUCGACCCAACAGGAGGCAAAGGCGCAUAGCAGCUCGCCUUCGCAAGGCCAACGCUCAGAAAGCUAGCGCCUCAAUGCCCUCCUCUGAACCCGAACCGCAACCCAGCACCUCACGAGGUUCGGAUAUGCCGGUCAGGCAAGCCCGGUAUGAUCCUAGGAAGGCCCCAGACAACCGAAGGCCUCCUUCCAACAAAGCAGGUGGAGUAGCCCAACCCUCGACAUCCACCAAACGCACUCGCUUGGACGACACCAACUCUCCGAGGGGUGACCACAAGAGGGCCAAAUUGCUAAAUAGGCCCAAACCGACAACAUACGCCAACGCUGCGAAAACCGACCCUGUUGUGGCCAUAACAUCUACCACUACAGGGCAUAUUGACGCGAAUAUGGCACAGCUUAUACAAAGCAAGCUUGAAGAUAAGCUCAUGUCAGCCAUGAUGGCCGCUAUGAAUGAAGACAGAGAAGGGCCUGCGUUUCUGGGCAAACCCGUCUAUGAUGGGGGCAUCCUAAAACUGUGGUGCUCUAAUCUUAAAACAUUGGAGUGGCUGAAAAUAGCUGUCCCGGAAAUCCAACUCCCUAACGGUGACACCCUGGCAGUAAAAAACAUCUGGGAAAUUCCCAACCGCGUCAGGUGUGGCAUUCUACUACCAGGUGAAUGGAAGGACACCAAAGCAAUCGGCGGGAUGCUACGGUUCCAGAACUCUUGGGCCAAAGUAGACAGCUGGUUGUUACACGCCCUUUAUCACCACAACGACCACAGCUUCAUCGUGGUAAGCAUCCCGGAGGACCAAAUCCCCACAAUCUUGGAGCAUGAGCGCCGGCUAUCAUUCAUGCUGGGCUCAGUAUAUCUGAAGUUCCAGGGGCCAGGAGGUAAAUACACCGAGACCCCCCCCUCUAAGGAUACAAACGGUGAGGCAUCGACAACAACUGGGAAUAAUAUAGACGACAGUGAUGCACUGCCGGAACCCAUGGACGCUCAAGCAAUUGACCCAGCAGACGGCAACUGCGCCACUAGCUCUCCAUCGGAGGAAGUGCUCGACAGCCUAAAGGAGCUCGAAGAGCUUCUGGCGACGGGCACCAAAGGCGAUGCCGACUGCACCAAGGGCAUUGAAGAGCUCUGCAUCGGUGAUGGCGAGGAGGGUGUGCUAUCCAAAGAUGGCAUCCCCUUCUAAGUGCAGCACCAUCCAAAUAAACCUCCACCAUAGCGAAACCGCAACGGCCCAACUUCGGAAAUGGUUGGAGGUUAACCCUACAGCUCUCGCCCUAAUCCAGGAGCCGUGGGUUAGGCGGGGCCGGAUAUGCCAUCUCUCCAAUAUCGGAGGUAAGCUUAUACAUUACUCAGGACCAGAACACCCUAGAGCCUGUAUCUACAUUUCUAAUAAUCUACAUGUGCAACCCCUAACAGAUUUUUGUUACAGAGACUUAUGCGCAAUAAAAAUACUGGACAGACACAUCCUUCCAACUCACCAGAGAGCGAUAGUGGUCGCCUCCGUCUAUAUGCCGGACGGGGAAGACCCACCGCCGGAAGAACUUGUCAAACUGGUGAACUACUGCGAGACAACCAAGAGCGAGCUUAUUGUGGCUGCAGACUGCAAUGCACAUCACCCGCUCUGGGGCAUGCAAACAACCAACGAAAGGGGUGUCACCGACAGCCCACUGUGCAGAGCCUGCACGGAGGCGGACGAAACGGCCGCACACGUCAUUUUGGAGUGUAGGAGUGUGGCCUCAUACCGGGCCAAACACCUGGGGUCACCGAGGACUCUCCCCG